ACUUGAUUCGAAGCUCAAUUUGGAAUUCUGCUUGGAAACGCAGAGGACAACCAACAUGGAAAGCUUUCGCUAGUUACGACGGUGAUCGUGGAAAUUGCGCAGCAAACAAAAUUCGCUACGUAAAAAUCACCGAUUGUGCAAUCACACAGACUGGUGUUACAUAAUUGGAAAAUUUGAGAUACUUUCGAAGAAGUUCCAUCCAAACGCACUAAAAUGGGUGUCUUUUUGUCGGUUCUAGUGGCCAGCGUGGGUGUUAUGGAUCUGGUCAACUGUUUAGCUUACGUUUCAAACCAGCUCUCGUCCAGACCGGCUGUCAUAGAUGAAGAUCUCGAACGAUAUCGAAGGUUACUCAAAGAAAAGCUGGAAGAUGUUCCGAAGGGUGCGAUUGAUGGGUUGACGGUCGCCCAGGAUGGUGUCACCUACAAAGAUGGUUAUCGCGUGGAAACGUUUGACGAGGCGAGGUUAGAUCAAUUGAAUGUGAAGAUCCGGGAGCUGGAGCGAAAGAGUCACGAAAAGGAUCAGAGAUUAGAUCAACUAAACGUACAAUUGCAGGAGCUGGAAAGAAAAUCAGCUGAACGAGAAGUAGUGAUCGAGGAGCUUAGGUCCAGAUCGGUCAGUCGAGCAGUUAGUCCAAUUCCAACCAGUUCAAGAGGUUCCGCAGUCUUUCGAGAAAUCCCGCAGAUCUUACUUGGUGAUGAUGAUUCCCGACAAGGGUCAAACAAGUUUCGACCAAUCUCCCGAGAAGAUGAGCUCAGGCGAACCAUCAAGAGACGAUCGUUGUCAUCGAAUGCGUCCGAAGAUCGUUCCGAAGAGUUGGAAGCACUAACCCGAUUAGAAGACGAUGAAGCCACGCAGAUGGAAGAUUAUGUACCGCUGGUGUAUAGCAGGGACGACCUUAAGGAUCCAAGUUCUUCAAAGCACAAAAUCAGUCCUAUCCAAGAGAUUUGUGCGGUGCACGAAAAUGAAGAUCGACAACAGCGAUCGCCGGAACUUAAAUUGGGUGCAGGUUAUGACGAUGUCAAACUAGUAGAAGCGAACGAGAAGCAACACAAUCAAUCACCUUCGUUUGUAGAAGAAGUUCGUACUAGUGACGAUAGUUCGUCGGAUGAUUUUCUAGCCGUCACCAGGGAAUUAAAGCAGUGGUCAAACUCCAGGAACAAUUUACCGGAACUACCGAAAUUAACAACAGAAACGUUUUUAACGAGCAGUGAGUCCGUUCCAUCGAACCUCAGCUCCCAUUCCAACAGUCCAGACCCUGAUCAUCCAUCACUGAAACGAACUAGGAAGAAAAGUGACUUAACUGCUCUUUUACUCGAAGAAGAACGUAAAACCGAACCGUUCAGCGGUGUGAUCAUCCAAACCGAAGAAUACGACUCGGAAGGACCCGAACGUACGGAGUUUCUACAAUCCAAGUCACCGUCGCCCUAUGUUGGUGCCUUCCUGGACAACGAACGGAUAGAAUCUACUGGCCAGUUAAUCCCUCUUGUCAUUGAUGCACCAAAACCUCCUCCGUCGGAUCAAGAGGAAACGUCGAUAUCCCGGGAAUACCAACAGUUAUCGACAGCCUCUCCUCAAACGAACCGUUCCAGAGAUUCCACCAUAUCUCCAGCACCGAACGGUUCAUUCGGAUCGCCUGCUUCGACGGUCUCAUCAAUUGUAGACGAUUCCGUCGAUGGUACACCCUCGGAACCCAUUGACGAUCGGUCAUCGCCUCUUCCCGUUCAUCCUGAUCCAAAUCUAAUUUUCAGUGGUGAGUACACCAAGGCCAUGUCGAAGGAUUGGCAUUCGGGUCACUUCUGCUGCUGGCAGUGCGACGAGAGUCUGACUGGACAGCGCUACGUACUACGCGAUGAGCACCCGUACUGUAUCAAGUGCUACGAGAACGUAUUUGCCAACAUCUGCGAGGAGUGCAACAAGACCAUCGGCAUUGAUUCGAAGGACCUUUCCUACAAAGACAAACACUGGCACGAGGCGUGCUUCCUGUGCAACAAGUGCCGCAUUUCGUUAGUUGACAAACAGUUCGGCUCAAAGGCCGACAAGAUCUACUGUGGAAACUGCUACGAUGCCCAGUUCGCGUCCAGAUGUGACGGUUGCGGAGAGAUUUUCCGCGCGGGAACCAAGAAGAUGGAGUACAAGACCAGACAGUGGCACGAGAAGUGUUUCUGUUGCUGCGUCUGCAAGACCGCCAUCGGCACCAAAUCGUUCAUCCCCCGGGAGCAGGAGAUCUACUGCGCCGGCUGCUACGAGGAGAAGUAUGCUACCCGCUGUAUCAAGUGCAAGAAGAUUAUCACCAGCGGUGGUGUUACCUACAAAAACGAACCGUGGCACCGUGAGUGCUUCACCUGUACCCAUUGUCAGGUGUCAUUGGCCGGGCAGCGCUUCACCAGCCGCGACGAGAAGCCGUACUGUGCCGAGUGCUUCGGGGAACUGUUCGCCAAGAGAUGCACCUCCUGUAUCAAACCAAUCACUGGAAUCGGUGGUACUCGUUUCAUCUCGUUCGAGGAUCGCCACUGGCACAACGACUGCUUUAUCUGCGCCAUCUGUAAAACGUCACUGGUCGGACGUGGUUUCAUUACCGACGAGCAGGACGUUAUCUGUCCGGAGUGCGCCAAGCAGAAACUGAUGUAAGGAACCAGCAGCAGCGUGCACAAUAACAAACACCCCCCAAAAAAAAUCUAGCACUACAACGUAAACCUCUUACCCAACUCUCUGCAAACCAAAAUCAAAAUCGAAGAAACAAACAAACAACAACGAGCAACAGCAAUUAUAUUCUAAAAACCCUACUACAACCUGUUAGGAAUUGAUCGAUGGAUUGCAAUGAAAUGUUACACAAUGAGAGAAAGAGAUUUAGCGAAAGAGUGCAAGAAUGGAAUGAAAAGAAAUACUGUAAACUGCAAGAAUAAUUUUAAAAAAGCCUUACACACAUUGUCAACGUGACGAAACAAAUGGCCAUCUUGCUAAAAGGAAUUUCAAAAGAAAAAGUGGUGUCGUUUUCAUUUCAACGAGAAGUUUGUUUCUUAAUUUACUUUUAGGAACUUUAUUGUAUUUAAACAUUGUUUUCUAUUUGUCGCAUGCAUAUUUUCCUUCGAUAAGGACGCUAUGGUAUACUGUUUUGCCUGUGUAAAAUUUAAGCUAUCGCCAUGAUGAAUGUUUUAAAAAAAAUGUGAAAGUAUUUUGCUUCGAGCUAUUUUGUUAGGAAACAUAUAUAUUUAUAACUGGAACAGAACAGUUGCUUACGCUGUGAAUAUAUUUUACGGUUAUCGACAAACGGCUUUUCUAUCCUUACUGUGACACAUACACACAAAAGAGAUUAGCGGGAACGGCCUAUAUUCACAAAAGUUGCCUUCUACUAAAAUACCAACACACAUAAGCAUACUAAAAACCAAACACAAGAAGAGAAUAUGUAUAUCGAAAAUAAAAGUGACAAAUUUUAAAUAAUUGUCGUCCUAGUUUUUACAGCGCUUUUAAACACACUCAAACAUAGAGUAUUUAUGUAGAAUGGUGAGAAACAAUGCUUUAAUAAUAAAUACAAAGGAAAAAAAACGAAAUACAUCUAAUAACACUAAAACGCUUUCCUCUCCUCCCUUUUUAUGUUCCGUGUUGUUAAUCGUGAACAAAUGAAAAAAAAAAACAAUUAUUACUUACUCUUAAAUAGACGGUCAACGAAACAAAAAAUAAAGAAAAUGAAAACUAGACACCUAUCAAAACUAUUUAACAUUACAGUUACUGAAUAUAAUCAUGUAUGCUAUUAGAAAAAUAGAGAUGACAAAGAAAACUUUAAACUAGAAACGUUAAGGUCAAUUUGUAGCCGGACCAGUUUUCUUUCUUUCUUCUUUUUUUUUUGGUUCCAUUUAUUAUAUAUAGGCAAUGUAUCGUCUAACGAGUAUUUUACUGUAUAAAAUAUUAUUUAUUCAUUAACACACAGUUCGAUUACCAUUUUAUUAUACAUCAGGAAUACGAGAAAAUUAUUACGAUUAUUACAAUGUGAGGAGUGCGAAGUACGUAUAUACAAUAUAUCAAGCAAAACAGGAACGCUAAUCAUUUAUUCACCAUUUCUUUGUUAUACUUAAUAAAUUUAGUAGUAUUCGGAUUUUUUUGAAUAAAUAAAUUAUCUCUCCACA